AAGUGUUGAUAGAAAAUAUAAUUAAAAAAUGGGAGUGCUGGAAUCGUUGAAGAAGUCUUCGUUUGUACACUUGCUAUUUGCAAUAACAUUUUUUACCUCUGGUAUAAUUAUUAAUAUACUCCAAAGUAUUUUGUACCUCGGAUUGAAGCCAUUCUCAAAGUAUUAUUAUCGAAAAAUAAAUUACUAUCUUUGUUAUUCGUUUUAUUGUCAAUUAGUUUUUAUGGCUGAAUGGUGGUCAGGUACGGAAUUAACUAUUUACAUUGACAAAAAUGAUUUUGAUAAAUAUUAUGGCAAAGAGCAUGGUUAUUUAUUGAUGAACCAUAGUUAUGAAAUUGAUUGGCUGAUUGGAUGGAUGUUCUGUGAUAGAAUAAAAAUGUUGGGGAAUUGCAAAGCAUACGCUAAAAAAUCAAUCCAAUACAUCCCAACACUAGGCUGGGCAUGGAAAUUUGCAGAAAGUGUAUUUUUAGAACGAAGUUGGGAUAAAGAUAAAGAAACAAUUGGCCAGCAAAUUAGUGAGCUGGGUGAUUACCCUGAUACAAUGUGGUUAUUGCUGUAUGCAGAAGGUACCCGGUUCACCGCUGAGAAGCUAGAGCUCAGCCAGAAGUUCGCUAAAGAAAAAGGCCUGCCGAUUUUAAAGCACCAUUUAACGCCACGCACAAAAGGCUUCACCGCAAGUAUUCCUCAUUUGAGAGGCAAGGUUGAUGCCCUCUACGACAUUCAAUUAGCAUUCAACCCGAAAGCCGCUAUUAAACCUACUAUGACUAAUUUACUGCGCGGCGAAAAGGUUGAAGCGCACAUGUACAUCAAGAGAAUACCUAUCAAAGAUAUUUCUGAUGAUGAACAGGCCGCUGCUGCAUGGCUGCACAAGAAAUAUGAAGAAAAAGACCGAUUAGCUGAAAGUUUUAUUGAGACUGGUGAUUUCUUCGCAACAAGUGGCGUACCUAAAACUGAUAAAUUCAAAUUAGAGAGACGAUAUUAUUCAUUAAUAAAUACUAUUUUUUGGGCAAUUAUUGUAUUAGUACCAAUGCUUUAUUAUCUUGUUAAAUUAUUUAUCUCUGGGUCAACAAUUGCUUUUACAUUUGGCGUUGGAAUUAUUGUUUUAUUUUUCUUACUAAUGUACAAAACAAUUGGAAUGUCUGAAAUAAGCAAAAGUUCAUCUUACGGAGCCGCGACGUCUAAGAAAACAAAUUGAAGCCAAUUAUAAUAAUUAAAAAAAAUACCUAAGUAUUAACAAACACACACAAAACUAAUUAUAAAUGAACUAAAGAAUUUAAAGAGAGAAUUAAUAACAAAGCUAAUUAA